AUGCGUUCCUCCGUCCUUUUCUCUUCUCUCCUUUUUGCCAACAGCGCCCUCGGUGCGCCAUUGGAUGGGGUUCUUAGUCGGCGCAAGGAGGUCAGCCACGACUCUCUCACUCCUCUAGCACAGACUGUCCAGGAUAAUGCUGUCGGCAAGGCAAUCGACAGAUUUAACCCUUUGCUUCAAAUUGUCUCCGGUUGCCAGCCGUACACCGCAGCCAAUGAUGCCGGUGAUACAAGCGGAGGCUUAAAGCCAACCGGCAGUUCAACUGGAGGCUGCAAAGAUAACAGCAAGGGCCAGACCUAUGCCAGAGGAGCCAAGCAUGGCGACAAGUUCGCCAUCAUGUACGCCUGGUAUUUCCCCAAGGAUCAGCCUACCGAUGGAGUCCCUGUGGGAUCGCAUAGGCAUGAUUGGGAGAGCAUUGUCGUCUGGAUCAACGAUCCUGAAGUUGCUGAGCCCACAAUCUUGGGAGGCGCUGCAUCAGGCCAUGGAGAGUUCAAAAAGGUCGAGAAUGUCCCGAAAGAAGGCUCCAGAGUCAAGGUCGAAUACUUCAACCAGGGCUUCUUGAACCAUGAACUGCAGUUCUCCCAGUUGACCGGCCGAGUGUACCCCGUCGUUGACUGGGACGCCAUGCCAAAGCCUAUGCAAGAUGCACUCAACAACACUGAUUUCGGCUCAGCGAACGUCCCAUUCAAGGAUGAGAACUUUACGAGGAAUCUGGAUAAGGCUUCUAUUUGA